CCACGUGGUCGGACCCGCUUGGUGUCUGGAGAAAUGGCCCUUCCAAACUUCGCCUUCUGUUACUGACCCUUCCGGUGCAUGUUGUAUAUAAUGAGUGGCCAGGAUCACUGAUGCAAAGUCAGUCCCUCACUUUCUCUGUCUUCAAAGGAAAAUUGUAGCACAAGUGGCGCAAAUGCAUCUUAGGAGGUGUACCUGUUGAAAACAGCAGGUAGUUGGAUCGAUGACUACCCUCCACCGUUUUUUUUUGUGUUUGUUUUUGUUUUUUGUGUUAAACGGAAGAAGCCAAGGAAGGAAAUUAAUGAAGAGACUAUUUAGCGAGACACCGGCAUGACUUUUUGAUCCUCUUGCUGAGACGCAGCACAUGUUCUCCUCUAAAGGCCUUUCCAACUUUACCUGGAAGCUCCUGCCCUAAUGUCUGCAUGGUGUGCUCCUCCCUUCCUGUCUUUGCUCAGAUGUCAUCUUCUAAGGAAAGCCUGCUCUGAUCAACUUGAAAUUGCUACCCCUGCCCUUCACUGCCUGGUGAGCACACAGUGAGAAGAUGGCAUCUGUGAACCAUCUGGCAUCCACCAGGCCUGAAUCUACUGGCCUCUUGAUCUUGGACUUCCAGCCACCAGAACUCUGAGGACUUUUUCUUGUUUGAGCCACCCAGGCCAUGCUAUUUUUGUUAUAGCAGCCUGAAGGUACCAAGACACUAGGCCAGGAAAUGCGGACCUUCCUUUACAGGUGGAUUAUUCUUACACUGGAGGGAAUGCAGUGGCCUCAUCAAAGACCCGAAGAAGAAUGUGAAAAAUCUUCUACUUUUCCAGAGGUCGGCUGUGAGGCCAGCCCCUUUUCUGCCGCCAUGGCAACCAUGCAAGGAAUGGAAGGGACCAUAUCAGAGGCUGGUCCUGGUGGGUACCAGCCGGAGCAGCCCGCUGUUAUCCAGUCACAUCUGUGGAAAAGGAUGCCAGAGAAGUUUUUGAAGGGGGAGCCCAAAGUCCUUGGGGUUGUGCAGAUCCUGAUUGCCAUGACGAACCUCAGCCUGGAAAUAAUAAAGAUGAGUGCCGUAUUGCCACUUUCUGACACACAUUCUGUUUCAGGGCUGGACGUGUACAUAAUUGGGAGGCCAGUGAUGUUUAUUAUUUCAGGGUCCUUGUCAGUUGUAGCAGGAAUUAGAACUACAAAAGUUCUGAUUCAAACUAGCCUAGGAUUAAACAUCUUCAGUUCUGUCUUGGCCGGAGUAGGGGUCCCCUUCGCUAUCUCCUCCUUGGAAGACUUUCAAGCAGGUGUCUCUGCCUGCAUCUUUUAUCAGAGGUUGGAGAGUUGUUCCAUGGCCAUGGCCAUUUUACUGAGUCUGGAUGCUGUGGUGCUCCUUUUAACCGUGCUAGAGUUCUUCGUUGCUCUGACCCUAUCUGCCUUUGGAUGCAAAGUCACCUGUUGUCAUCCUGGCGGGGUUGUGUUGAUUCUGCCAUCGAAUCCUCAUGUGGCGGAAACAGCAUCUCCCACACCAUUUACAGAGGUCUGAUGUCACCAACAGAUCGACAGCAAAAUGUUCCAGAAAACCUAUCCUGCCAGUUGGGCAAGGACACCACUUGGGGAAGUACCAGAAUCCAACUCUGAUAUAUAUAUACAUAUAUGUAUAUAUACGUAUAUAUACAUAUAU